CGAUUCAAUACGAUUGGGAAGAGACAUAUCUACCCGCCAUCCUCCUCGCCCUUAUCCUCUCAAAAGCCAAUGGGCCCCACCGGCCUCACCCGCUACUGCUCCGCCCCCGGCUCCCUCCUUUCUACCGCCGUCGAUUCAGUCAUCGGCCCCAACCGCGAAUUCUCUCCCCUCCGAUCAUCUUCUUCCCUCAUGGGCCACCACCAGUACUUCUCCGGCGACUCUUCUUCAGUCACCUCCGAGUCGACCUGCGGGGCCAACUCUUCCAACGGUCCCCCCAAAGAGCAUCAUCAGCAUCAGCAGCAGCAGCAGCAUCAAUUGUCCAAAGGGUUACAGAGAUCGUAUGGUCUGAACGAGAUGGCCGUUGGUGAUUUUGUAACGGCUAGUAACUUUAAUGGUGGCGGAUCAUCCUCUGGUUCUGCUUCCUCGGCUUUGGUCCGCCAGAGAAGCUCUCCUGCCGGGUUUCUUAGCCAUCUCGCUUCGUCUGCUGAUAACGGUUUUUCAGUUACAAGGGGAUCUGGAGGCUACACCUCUCAAGGUGGCUCUAAUAGUGGCCAUGGAGUAUCAAGGUUGAAGUCUCAAUUAAGCUUCACAAGACAAGAUUCUCUUUCUCAGAUAUCUGAAGUUAGCGAAGAUGUUAUUGAUGGCAUCAGCUCUGACAAUGGCCACCAAAAUGCCACGUAUUCUUAUGCAUCUACUAGCUUUGGAAUGGACUCGUGGGACAACACAAAUUCUAUAACAUUUUCAGCCCCACCAAGCAAACGAGCUAAAAAUCUUGAUGGAGACAUUUUCAACUGCCUGCAUACUUUAGAAACUCAGUUUAGCAUGCCACAGACGUCACUUGAGAUGGCCACAGUGGAGAAGCUAAUUCACAUUCCUGAAGACUCUGUUCCGUGUAAAAUCCGUGCUAAACGUGGCUGUGCGACUCACCCAGAAGCAUUGCUGAAAGGGUUAGUAAAAGAAAGAAGAACUCGAAUAAGCGGGAAACUGAAGAAACUACAAGAUCUUGUCCCUAACAUGGACAAGCAAACAAGUUAUGCAGACAUGUUGGACUUGGCUGUUCAACAUAUCAAAGGCCUUCAAAAUAAAGUUCAGGAGAUUCACCAAGAUCUUCAGAAUUGCACCUGUGGAUGCAAACCCCCUAAUGUUUGCUGACAGGAAAAUAGUGAUUGAAAGGUUUUGCACUGGAGUCAAGGAUGUUGGACCCAAGUUAGGUUCAUUUUGAUUCCUUACCAAAUUAGAUUGAAUGAAUGUUGAUGUAGUGAGAUCGUAUGUAUAUAAUGAAUUAAAACUGUUAUUAUUGCCUACUCUUUUUUCACUGAGGGAAAUUGUAUAGAACGCACUCAAUUUCCUUGUUUUGAUCCUAUCGUACAUCUAUUUGAUAUAUAUGCUUUUACUUUAAAAGGUUGGAAGGAGCAUGAAAUCCAAAUGACAGAUUGGUAGGUGCUUUUAUAAA